AUGGCUGUGCCAAACAGCAAGGUUGCACCCUCGGUGAAAAAGGGCACAACUGUUCAGAAGGCACCUGGUGGAGUAAAGCCAACCAAAGUUGCUAAGAAGGGAAAGGAUGAUGAGGAACGUGUGGAAAAGGGUGCGGGCUGGGAUGAGUCUCAUGGGAAACGACCUCUUAAACCUGUAGAUCAACUGGAGCUCACUGAGGCUGAGUUAAAAGAGGACAUCACGAGGAUCCUGACUGCCAACAACCCACAUGCACCCCAAAAUAUUGUACGCUACAGCUUCAAGGAUAACUCCUACAAGGCUGUUGUUGUGGAACAAGUGGCUGUUCACUUUGUGUUGGAGGGCAGCCUUAUACAUCAAGACUCUGAUGAGGCCAGACGAAUGAUAGCCGGAGAGGGUUUCCCAGGAGAUGCUGUAACAGAGGAAACAGGAGCUGAACCUGAUGAGCUUAUAAGUGAAACCCCGGCUACACCUGUAGAAGAUGAAGGGGAGGGAGCUGGAGAAGAAGACACACCAAGUAGAGUUGCCCCCAAAACUGGCAAGAUGCCUCCCAACCAGAUAAACUUCAGUGAGAGGGCCAGCCAGACCCUCAAUAACCCAUUAAGGGAAAAAAGCGUCCAGACUGAACCUCCUAACCGCACCAACUUCUGUGCCAAUGCUAAUCCGUGGGAGAACUAUGAUGCGCAUGAGAAGGAGCUGGCAAAAAUAGAAAAAAAUAAAGAGAAGCAGAAAGACACAGUUCCGGAGAAGGUGAUAUUGCCGGAGAGCGACAACCUCACUGAAGUAGGAAAAGCAUCCAAGAUCUCUGAAAGAAUGAUCCAUCAAAACACAUUUGAUGACAAAGCGCAACAUUUCAAAUACUUUGAAGAUGCCUCCGAUGAGUUCAAGGACAAGGAGGGCACCCUUCUCCCUUUGUGGAAGUUUAAAUAUGACAAAGCUAAAACACUGUCUGUCACCGCCCUCUGCUGGAAUAACAAAUUUGAUGACCUGUUUGCUGUGGGCAUGGGAUCGUACGACUUCAGGAACCAAGGAGGUGGCAUGGUUGUCUUCUAUUCGUUUAAGAACUCGUCGUUUCCAGAGUACAUCUACCCCACCAAGUCUGGCGUUCUGUGUCUCGACAUCCACCAGCAGUAUUGUAACCUGGUGGCGGUGGGCUUUCAUGAUGGCGCCGUGGCCAUCUACAAUUUGAACAACAAAGGAGUGGAGCCUGUGCACAAAAGCACAGCUAAGACUGGCAAGCACACUGACCCUGUCUGGCAGGUACGCUGGCAGAAGAAUGACAUGGACAACCACCACAAUUUCUAUUCUGUGUCAUCUGAUGGCCGUGUUGUGUCUUGGACACUUGUUAAGAAUGAGCUGCUCUACACAGAUAUUAUCAGACUGUAUCUGGUUGGUGCUGUAUCUGAAGGGACAGAAGAUGCAAAGUCGCCCAUGUUCACUUGUGGUACAGCGUUUGACUUCCACAAACAGAUCGACUCUCUCUUCCUAGUUGGCACAGAGGGAGGGAAAAUACACAAGUGCUCCAAGACUUACUCCAGCCAUAUACUGAAGACCUUCUUUGCCCACACCAUGGCAGUGGAUGCUGUGAAAUGGAACUGCUUCCACCCAAAAGUGUUCAUCUCUAGCAGCUUGGACUGGACCGUUAAGGUCUGGAACCAUACAUUCAACAGUCCAUUGCUAACCUUUGACCUGAAUGCUGCUGUCGGAGAUGUUUCCUGGUCUCCAUCUUCCUCCACUGUAUUUGGUGCUGUCACAGCAGAUGGCAAAGUUCAUGUUUAUGACCUCAGUAUCAACAAAUAUGAGCCUAUCUGUCGGCAGUCUGUUGUGCCCAAAGGGACGAAGUUGACGCACCUGGAAUUUAACCCCAUCAAUCCCACCCUCACAGUGGGCGACGACAGAGGCUACGUCACCAGCUUCAAACUCUCCCCUAACCUGCGCAUGAAACCCAAGGCUAAGAAGGGUCAGGAGCUGCCCGAAGGUCCAGAAGUGGAAGUCGCCAAAAUGGAGAAGCUGCUCAGUGAGCUGCAGGAAAUGUAG